UCAGCACUACUUCAGUACUUUGUAAAAGGUAUAAUUAGGACUUUAUUCAUUCAUAUCUCACCAGAACAACCAAUGAAAUCGUUCUCAUAUGAUUGUGGGAGAAUAAAUAUUCAUAACAUCAAUAAUUUCCGAAGUAACUUGUAAGAAUUAUAAUUGUUAUUUAUUGAGUAAAAAAUAAGAUAAAAGGUAUUUAUCUUGAUAAUAGUCACAGAUAUGGCUGCUAAAUCAAAGACUGUAAAGGAGGUUAAAAAUGUCCGAUAUAUACCUUAUGCAAGAGGAUUUAAGGUUCCGACUACAAAAGACCAGGUUCUGGCCUUAGGCUUAGGAGUUGAAAAUAAAUUACCCAUUCCUAAAGAAUAUACCGACACAACAUUUUCAGAUGUCAACCCAUUUACAUUCUUUAAAAAUAUCCAGCAACCUACCUCCAUUGAUGAUUGGUUAGCACAGUAUAAUGAAGAAGGGCAGACAUACUCUCAAUACUUGAAACAAUGUCCAUGGUUGUCCCCGCGUAAAGUGAAAGGGAUGCAUGAGAAAUUUGUAUCCUCAGCUAAAACUUUAUCAGGCAAAUACCCAGGCAGUAAAAUAUACAUAGUUCCUGUUGGAGAAUUUAACGAAGAGGAUUAUAUUUCAUUCAGCAAUUUACUGGAUUACUCCAAACGUUUCCUGUGUCUACCCAUAGCAACUCUACCUCACUUCAAACUUCAGCAAAAUAAUGAUAAAUUGUUCUGGGUCGAUGAGCCGUCAACAAAAACAACUGUACGCUCCAGUCCCAGAACAAGACUAACGGAACUGAAAAGCAGGUUUCAUACUAAAACGGGUAAUUUACAAGUUCAGAUUUCUCCAUUGCUGAUAAAAUUAAGACAAAAUAUACCUCAAGACGCCUUUUGUUUAAUUGGAUUGACUCGUCACGAUCUUUAUUCCGAUGAAAGCGAUCUGUUUGUGGCAGGCAUGGCAGCAGGAAAUCACGGAGUAGCAGUGUUCAGUCUCAACAGAUAUGAUCCGAGUUUGAGUUUUUCCACUGAAUUUUGGUAUGAGAGAUACAAAGUUCCUGGAUAUACAGAAGAAGAGAGACGCCACUUAAUCUUGCAGAGGUCGUGUAAGCUAGUAGUGCAUGAAAUCUGUCAUAUUUUGGGUUUAGCUCACUGUAUCUUUUUCGACUGUUGUAUGAAUGGUUCAGGACAUCUUGCCGAAGAUUUUCAACAACCCAUGCAUCUGUGUCCAGUAGAUUUACGUAAACUACAAACAUUGUGUGGUUUUAACACGGUGCAAAGAUAUGAACAACUUCUGGAGUUUUAUAAAAAAUUCAAAAUGGAAUCAGAAACUGUUUGGGUGGAAAGAAGAAUUGCAUAUUUGAAACAGAAAUAAAAACGGGCUACAAAAUGCAAUUCGGACCAUGGACCAUACAGUAAAAUUACAUCAGAUUAUCAUAAAAAAAAUUUCUUCACUUUCCAUACAACAUUGUGUACCCUUGAUUUUUUAAAAUAUUUUUAAGAGACAUUAUAUGGAAUGAGAAUUGAAUAUAAUUACAUUUUAUUAAAGAUUGUGUGAUAUUUAGUUGAAGAACACCAGUAGAAUUGUGUUUUCAGGGAACAAAAUAAGCAGUAUAGGAAAGCACUCUGCAACUCGAUUUCCAUCCAUAUUCCUUACAACCGCCAUGCAACAUGUAAACGUCUUAAUAUUAAUGAUUUUUUUAUGGAAUAAUUACUUUUGCUUAGUUUAGAAAAACUUAAUUUUAUGAAUUGCUAUUCAAAUCAAAGAAAUGUUGCUCAAAAUAAACAAAUUGCUACACUAAAUACACUAACGGCAAAAAUCUGAACAGCAAAUAAAAGAAUGGCUCUUCUUGUGUAUAGGUAUAAAAAAUUAAUAAUAAAUUUGUGGCUAUAAGUUAUGGCAGCAAUAAGAUCCAGCAGAAGUAUUGUUUGUAAUAGCACCGAUCAUAAAAAUUGUGGAACAGGAGCAGAUUGUAGUGAGUGGUAUGGGUGGUUGUGUGUUACUCCCCUUAGUUGGUGAACUGACUUGUGAAAUAUGUAUUCCGGAAAAUGUUCAAGGUGUUGUUUCUCUUAUGGCAUAGUUAAAUGUGAAACUUUAGACCUAAUCUAAAAUUAAGAAAGAUUUUGAUUUAACAUUGAUUUGAUACCUUUGUGAACAUUCCUUUGGUUCUUGGAUUCCAGAUAUUCUAUAUCAGUUCACAGGGAAUAGUUAUAUUUAUACUGUUUGUAAUUACUAUUAGACUGUUAUUGUUGACUUAUUAAAUAAAAUGCUCUAGCAUUUGGUUACUUUUAAUUCCAUGAUUAAGUCUGCAAAGCAAAAGAGAUGACUUUUUCACGUUUAAUCCUAGUAAAUGUCCAGGAACUUUUUACAUGAAUGUGUAAACAGAACCCUGUCUCAUCCGAGUUAUUCGAUCUCAGCAUUGACCAAGAAAUUUCAUCAGGAUUUUCCGACUUGGUUCCCAUUUGUCAGUGGUGCAGGACAGAGAGUCUGGUAAGUGACAGCAUAUAGUCGCUUGGAUGGGAUAAAAAAACGAGGUCCCCUGUACACAUAUGAGAGUGGGCCAUAGUGUCGCUGUCCAGACUAAAUUUCCUCAUGGCACAAUGUAUGCGUAUUCUGGGUUUCAUUAGUCCAGUCAGAGCAGAACAGUAGGACGCUAAACCCCAUUUCAUUUCCUCUGAGUAAUACUAUAUUUGGUCAUCCCAGCAAACAUGGACCAUUCAAAGAUUCUAUAUUGUCCACCGUCAAAUUUGAAUCUGAGAUAUUCUGUCGUGGAUCAACUUUGUCAGCUAUACUUCCCAUUCAGUAAAACGAUGUACAUGUGUUCAAAAUGCAAGAUAUAUUUACUUAUAAAUUUUAUUUUUAUUUUAUCACAAUUUUAAUUUUUUAGCAGAGUUUUUAU